UUGCUUCAUUAACAUUCGUCGAUCCAUGUCGACGAUUUGCGGCGCACGUUACGGCCCCCCGGCUCGCUUUGUUUUGCGUACAUUAGCAUCUCUCUAAGCUGCAUUAUUAUUAUUAUUGGCCGUUGUGUGUGUCCCAUAAAGGCUUAGGGUUCCGGAUUCAGGUCGGUGUCGCCACCGCCCUUUCUUCUUCCUUCUUCCUCUUCGUCGGAGAAACACCGGAUCGUCGUUUUUUUCUUCAGAUCAGCUCUUGUGUUGCGGAUAUGGGUGAAGAAGAUACCGUGAAUGUGGAUCAGAACAGUUUCGCUGGUGGCAAAGAAGAUUCAUUGCUCCGUAAUCGCCAUUCUUCGCCAUUGCCUCCACGGCCACAGCAGCUAUCUUCUAAAGUGCUUACAUUGCCUACCGUAUUAACCCUUGGCCGUGUAGCUGCCGUUCCUAUUCUCGUCGCCACCUUUUACGUUGAUUGCUGGUGGGGGAGAACUGCUACAACAAGUAUUUUUAUUGCAGCAGCCAUUACAGAUUGGCUUGAUGGAUAUAUUGCUCGGAAGAUGAGAUUAGGUUCUGCAUUUGGUGCAUUUUUGGAUCCGGUGGCAGAUAAGCUUAUGGUAGCAGCUACAUUGAUAUUGUUGUGCACUAAACCAAUGAACGCCGUUGUCUUUGGACCAGUUCCAUGGUUAGUGACUGUACCUUCAAUCGCCAUCAUUGGCAGAGAGAUUACUAUGUCUGCUGUAAGAGAAUGGGCCGCAUCUCAAAAUGGCAAGCUUUCAGAGGCUGUUGCUGUAAAUAGCUUGGGAAAGUGGAAAACUGCAACGCAGAUGAUAGCGCUAACCAUACUUCUUGCAAGCCGGGAUAGCAGUUUUGAGAGACUAUUACCGUCGGGUAUUGGGUUGCUCUAUGUAUCUGCAGGGCUCUCUAUAUGGUCUUUAGUUGUUUAUAUGAGGAAAAUAUGGAGAGUACUGCUAAAGAAGUAGCACCAAACUCUCUUUUCGGGCUUUUGCAUUCAGUAUAUACACAUAGAAUGGAAGAUUUGCUCAGCGACAUUUUACCUCUCUUCUUCUUGAAGAAAGCUGACUAAUUUCUAUCUGGAUACAAAUUGAAAUUAGCUGAGCAAGCACUAUAAGACUCUUAUAUGAUGCUUUACUUCUGUUUUCAACUUUGGGAAUUGGGAUCGUGCUCAGCUUGGUUUGGUUUUGUAUAAUAUCACUGAAUCACGUUGCUCCUCGGCACGCACUGAACUUUAGUGAAGCAGCAAGCACAAUCUUAUUGGCAAUGACGGGAAAGCAGCAGGUGAAAAAUUGUUCUAGUUGAAGACCUACUUGGUCGCAUGAACUCUAGGAUAAAUGAAUACAGUUGUUGCCUGUUAUGUAGAUGCUAUUCCAAAACAAUAUAAUUUAUAUAUAUAAAUUCCUGAUUACAAUA